UGUUUCUUAUAUAAACUAUCGCUUCGUCUAGGGUUUUCAAGUCUAGGGUUUCAGGCGUGGAGCAGGGGAAGCAACAGUAGCCAUGGUUCUCAAGACAGAGCUUUGCCGUUUCAGUGGUGCCAAGAUUUACCCAGGAAGGGGAAUCAGAUUUAUCAGAUCUGACUCUCAGGUGUUUUUGUUCGCCAACUCCAAGUGCAAACGCUACUUUCACAACCGGUUGAAGCCAUCCAAGCUGACAUGGACUGCCAUGUACAGGAAGCAGCACAAAAAGGACAUAGCCCAAGAGGCUGUGAAGAAGAGGAGACGGGCAACCAAGAAGCCGUACUCGAGGUCCAUUGUUGGUGCGACCUUGGAAGUCAUUCAGAAGAAAAGAACGGAGAAGCCCGAGGUCCGUGAUGCUGCAAGAGAAGCCGCUCUUCGUGAGAUCAAGGAGAGAAUCAAGAAGACAAAGGACGAGAAGAAGGCAAAGAAAGCCGAGGUCAUGGCCAAGCACCAGAAGUCUCAGGGGAAGGGCAAUCUCCCGAAAGGCGGUGCAAGCAAGGGUCCUAAGUUAGGAGGAGGCGGUGGCAAACGCUGAAGACCCUAUUCCCAUCCUACUCUUUCGGUAGUCUGGAAACUUGUGAUAGUUAUUGUCUAUUUCUGAAUGUUUUGCAAGAAUACACUGUCUUUGUUGUGUUUUCCCAUUUUGUUUUCUCUUCACUUCAUAUCUUGCAUUGUCCCUUAGAAUUUUGCAGCUUAUGAACUUUGUGUUGCUACUUCUCA